CCUCGGAGCCGUCGUCCGGCCCAACUCGGCCUCUGCGAGCCGCGCUGCGCUCCGCCGCGGGCAGGCUGACUCCCGAGCGCUCGGGCCCCGACCGUCGGUACCGGAGGGCGCGGCGGGCCGGGCGGAAGAAGAGGCGGCGCGCGGGUCCCGGCGGGCCAGCCGGGGGUCCUGACCGCGCCGCGCGGCACGUGCGGAGACCCGCCCUGUGCGCCAUGGUGCGCCGACCCCCGGGCUCCCGCUCCUUCCCUUAGCGCCGCCGCGACUCGACCCUGUGCUGUCCCCAUGGAGCCGCACGUGCUGGGCGCCGUGCUGUACUGGCUGCUGCUGCCCUGCACGCUCCUGGCCGCCGCCUUGCUGCGCAUCAGCGCCCUGUCUCUGGUCUACCUGCUGGUCCUGCUGCUGCUACCCUGGCUCCCAGGCCCCUCGAGGCACAGCAUCCCAGGUCCCACGGGUCGCCUCCUCCGUGCCCUGCUAUCUCUCAGCCUCCUCUUCCUGGUGGCCCACCUCAUCUUCCAGAUAUGUCUGCACACCUUGCCACACCUGAACCAGCUUCUGGGGCGAAACUGCAGCCCCUGGGAGAUGGUCUCUCGACACAUAGGGGUCACGAGGUUGGACCUAAAGGACAUUCCCAACACCAUCCGGAUGGUGGCCCCUGACCUGGGUGUCCUGGUGGUCUCUUCCAUCUGCCUCAGCCUUUGCAGGCGCCUCACAAGGAGAGCCCAGCAGAGCCAAUGUGCCCAGGAGUCGGAUGGUGGUGACGCUGAGGAUACUGACCCUGGCCUUCCAGCAGGACCGCGGGGAGCCCCGGCCCCCAGGCGCAGGUGGUGGCUGGCUGCCCGGUUCCGGGGUGCAGCCCACUGGCUGCUGGUGGCCACGGGGCGGACGCUGGCCAUCGUACUGCUUGCGCUGGCAGGCAUCGCUCACCCCUCGGCCUUCUCCAGCGUCUACUUGCUGGUCUUCCUGGCCAUCUGCACUUGGUGGGCCUGCCAUUUUCCCAUGAGCCCCCUGGGCUUCAGCACACUCUGCGUCAUGGUGAGCUGCUUUGGCGCCGGCCAUCUCAUCUGCCUCUACUGCUACCAGACACCUUUUGUCCAGGCCAUGCUCCCACCAGCCAGCAUCUGGGCCAGGGUGUUUGGUCUUAAGGAUUUUGUGGGCCCCACCAACUGCUCCUGCCCCAAUGCGCUGGUGCUCAACACCAGCCACGACUGGCCGGUCUACGUGAGCCCCGGCAUCCUGUUGCUGCUGCACUACACGGUCACUUCUCUCCCGAAGCUCCACAGGCGUCACCCCUCGGACCAGAGGAAGGAACUGGGCGAGGACGAGGAGCAGGAGCUGGAACUGGACCAGCUGGAACAGGGGCCGCAGGCCCAGCGCGUGACACCCUCGUCCCCUGGCCCCGAUGCUGAGACUGACAACUGUACCGUGCACGACCUGACGAGCCGCAGCCCUGUCCAGCAGCGUCCCCCGCGUCCCCGGCUGGCAGAGCUGAGAGAGGCCUCUCCACUGCAUGGCCUGGGCCACCUCGUCAUGGCCCAGAGCUACGUGUGUGCCCUCAUUGCCAUGAUGGUGUGGAGCAUCACCUACCACAGUUGGCUGACCUUCGUGCUGCUGCUCUGGGCCUGCCUCAUCUGGACAGUGCGCAGCCGCCGCCAGCUGGCCAUGCUCUGCUCCCCCUGCAUCCUGCUGUACGGGCUGGCGCUCUGCUGCCUGCACUACGUGUGGGCCAUGGACCUGCGCCCCGAGCUGCCCACCACCCUGGGCCCUGUCAGCCUACGCCAGCUGGGGCUGCAGCACACCCGCUACCCCUGCCUGGACCUGGGCGCCAUGCUGCUCUACACGCUGACCUUCUGGCUGCUGCUGCGCCAGUUUGUGAAGGAGAAGCUGCUGAAGAGGACCAAGCCGCCUGCCACGCUGCUGGAGGUCACUGUGGCCGACCCAGAGCCCACGCAGACGCAGACGCUGCUCCGGAGCCUGGGGGAGCUGGUCAUGGGCGUGUACGCCAAGUACUGGAUCUACGUGUGCGCGGGCAUGUUCGUGGUGGUCAGCUUCGCCGGGCGCCUGGUGGUCUACAAGAUCGUGUACAUGUUCCUCUUCCUGCUCUGCCUCACGCUCUUCCAGGUCUACUACAGCCUGUGGCGCAGGCUGCUGGCGGUGUUCUGGUGGCUCGUGGUGGCCUACACCAUGCUGGUGCUGGCCGCCGUCUACACCUUCCAGUUCCAAGCCUUCCCCGCCUACUGGCGCAACCUGACCGGCUUCACGGACGAGCAGCUGGGGGACCUGGGCCUGGAGCAGUUCAGCGUGUCCGAGCUCUUCUCCAGCAUCCUCGUCCCCGGCUUCUUCCUGCUCGCCUGCAUCCUCCAGCUGCACUACUUCCACCGGCCCUUCAUGCAGCUCACCGACCUGGAGCACGUGCCCCCACCCGGCCCCCGCCGCCCGCGCACGGCCCGCAGGGAGGACGUGGCGAGCGAGGCCCCUCUGCUACAGGAGGAGGAGGAGGCCCCCAGGGACGGGGGGAUCAGCACGGAGGGCCCCUGCCAGGCCACACAGGCCCCUGAAGGCACAGCUGGCAAGUGGGGCCUGGUGGCCGAGCGGCUGCUGGACCUGGCCUCCGGCUUCUCGGAGGUCCUGUCCCGCGUGCAGGUGUUCGUGAGGCGGCUGCUGGAGCUGCACAUCUUCAAGCUGGUGGCCCUGUACACCGUCUGGGUGGCCCUGAAGGAGGUGUCGGUGAUGAACCUGCUCCUGGUGGUGCUGUGGGCCUUCGCCCUGCCCUACCCGCGCUUCCGGCCCAUGGCCUCCUGCCUGUCCACCGUGUGGAGCUGCAUCAUCAUCGUGUGCAAGAUGCUCUACCAGCUGAAGGUGGUCAACCCCCAGGAGUACUCUAGCAACUGCUCCGAGCCCUUCCCUAACAGCACCAACCUGCAGCGGGUGGAGAUCAGCCAGUCCCUGCUGUACCGCGGCCCCGUCGACCCUGCCAACUGGUUUGGGGUGCGGAAGGGCUUCCCCAACCUGGGCUACGUCCAGAACCACCUGCAGAUCCUGCUGCUGCUGGUGUUCGAGGCCAUGGUCUACCGCCGCCAGGAGCACUACCGCAGGCAGCACCCGUGCGCCCCUCUGCCCGCCCAGGCCCUGUGUGCCGGGGGCACCCACCAGCAGCUGGACCAGGACCUGCUCAGCUGUCUCAAGUACUUCGUCAACUUCUUCUUCUACAAGUUCGGGCUGGAGAUCUGCUUCCUGAUGGCCGUGAACGUGAUCGGGCAGCGCAUGAACUUCAUGGUCAUCCUGCACGGCUGCUGGCUGGUGACCAUCCUCACUCGCCGGCGUCGCGAAGCCAUCGCCCGCCUCUGGCCCAGCUACUGCCUCUUCCUGGCGCUCUUCCUGCUGUACCAGUACCUGCUGUGCCUGGGCAUGCCCCCCGCCCUGUGCAUUGACUACCCGUGGCGCUGGAGCCAGGCCAUCCCCAUGAACUCCGCUCUCAUCAAGUGGCUGUACCUGCCUGAUUUCUUCAGGGCCCCCAACUCCACCAACCUCAUCAGCGACUUCUUGCUGCUGCUCUGCGCCUCCCAGCAGUGGCAGGUGUUCGCGGCCGAGCGCACCGAGGAGUGGCAGCGCGUGGCCGGCACCAACACGGACCGCCUGGAGCCGCUGCGGGGGGAGCCCAACCCCGUGCCCAACUUCAUCCACUGCAGGUCCUACCUGGACAUGCUGAAGGUGGCCGUCUUCCGCUACCUCUUCUGGCUGGUGCUGGUGGUGGUGUUCAUCGCAGGGGCCACGCGCAUCAGUGUCUUCGGGCUGGGCUACCUGCUGGCCUGCUUCUACCUGCUGCUCUUCGGCACGGAGCUGCUGCAGAAGGGCACGCGGCCGCGCCUCGUGCUGUGGGACUGCCUCAUCCUCUACAACGUCACCGUCAUCAUCUCCAAGAACGUGCUCUCGCUCCUGUCCUGCGUCUUUGUGGAGCAGAUGCAGAGCAACUUCUGCUGGGUCGUCCAGCUCUUCAGCCUCGUGUGCACCGUCAAAGGCUAUUACGACCCCAAGGAGAUGGUGGGCCGGGACCAGGACUGCCUGCUGCCCGUGGAGGAGGCCGGCGUCAUCUGGGACGGCAUCUGCUUCCUCUUCCUGCUGCUGCAGCGCCGCGUUUUCCUCAGCUACUAUUUCCUGCACGUCAGCGUCGACCUGAGGGCCACCGCCCUGCAGGCCUCCAGGGGCUUUGCCCUCUACAACGCCGCCAGCCUCAAGAGCAUCGACGCCCACCGCAAGGCGGAGGAGAAGUCCCUGGCCCAGCUGAAGAGACAGAUGAAGCGUAUCCGGGCCAAGCAGGAAAAGUACAGGCAGGGCCAGGCAGGCCGUGGCCGCCUCCAGACCCUGGACCGCGAGGACCCUGACCAGGAGCCAGGGCCCGGCAGUCCAGGGGGCUCCUCCCCGCCACGGAGGCAGUGGUGGCGGCCCUGGCUGGACCAUGCCACAGUCACCCACUCUGGGGACUACUUCCUGUUUGAGUCGGACAGCGAGGAGGAAGAGGAAGCCCUGCCCGAGGACCCCAGGCCGUCAGCACAGAGUGCCUUCCAGAUGGCGUACCAGGCCUGGGUGACCAAUGCCCAGACGGUGCUGAGGCAGCGGCGGGAGCAGGUGCAGCAGGAGAGGGCGCACCAGGACGGACAGCUGCCUGCUGGAGGUGACCUGAGUCAAGGAGAGCCUGUGCAAGCCCUCGACGACGAGGUGGCAGGCCGAGGCCAGGUCAUGCAGCGCCUGCUGGGCACCGUGCAGUUCCUGUGGGUGCUUGGCCAGGCUACGGUGGACGGGCUGACGCGCUGGCUGUGUGCUUUCACGAGGCACCACCACACCAUGAGUGACGUGCUGCGUGCAGAGCGCUACCUGCUCACGCAGGAGCUCCUGCGGGGUGGAGAGGUGCACCGGGGUGUGCUGGACCAGCUGUACGUGAGCGCAGCUGAGACCACACAGCCAGGGCCCCGGGAGGCCCGUGACCAACCCAGCACAGUGUCCAGCGGGCUGGGGGCAGAGGAGCCCCUGAGCAGCCUGACCGAUGACACCAGCAGCCCCCUGAGCACCGGCUACAACACCCGCAGUGGCAGCGAGGAGAUCCUCACCGACUCCCGGGGCCCGGAGCCUGGGGCUUCCCUGCAUGGCUCCCAGGAGGCUCUGGCCGGUGCCCCCCUGCGGAUGCGCACGGCCAGCGAGCUGCUCCUGGACAGGCGCCUGCACAUCCCGGAGCUGGAGGAGGCUGAGCGCUUUGCGGCGAGGCAGGGCCGGACGCUGCGGCUGCUGCACGCCCUGUACCAGUGCGUGGCUGCGCACUCGGAGCUGCUGUGCUACUUCAUCAUCGUCCUCAACCACAUGGUCACAGCCUCGGCCACCUCCCUGGUGCUGCCCGUGCUCAGCUUCCUGUGGGCCAUGCUGUCCAUCCCCAGGCCCAGCAAGCGUUUCUGGAUGACGGCCAUCGUCUUCACGGAGGUCGUGGUGGUCACCAAGUACCUGUUCCAGUUUGGCUUCUUCCCCUGGAACAGCCACACGGUGCUGAGGCGCUAUGAGAACAAGCCCUACUUCCCGCCGCGCAUCCUGGGUCUGGAGAAGACCGAGGACUACAUCAAGUUCGACCUGCUGCAGCUCAUGGCCCUCUUCUUCCACCGUUCCCAGCUGCUGUGCUAUGGCCUCUGGGACCAUGAAGAGGACCAGUUCUCCCAGGAGCAGAGCAGGAGCAGUGGGAAGCAUCGGGGGGCUGAGGAGGGGCCAGAGACCCUGCUGGGGCCCCAGACAGAGGCAGGCACAGAGCACCAGGAGGAGCUGGGGGUGGCUGUGGCCACAGCCAAGGACCACAUCCAGGCAGAAGCCAGGGCUUCUGAGGAUGGGGCUCCAGAGCCCCAAGUGGACCGCAAGCCCCAGGACACAAGGCGUAUCAGCCUGCGUUUCAGGAGGAAGAAGGAGAGGCCGGGACCCAAGGGAGCAGCAGCCACUGAAGCCGUGGACGGGGAAGAGGAGAGAGAGGCCGCGGGGAAGACAGGGCCGGGGCGCUCCCGAGAGUGGAUCAGGGCAGCCGGGCGCUGGCUGCAGCACCUCUGCCUGUCCCUGGCACAGAGCAUAUACCGGCCGCUCCAACGCUUCUUCUAUGACAUUCUGCACACCAAGUAUCGUGCAGCCACUGACGUCUACGCCCUCAUGUUCCUGGCCGACGUGGUCGACUUCAUCAUCAUCAUCUUUGGCUUCUGGGCCUUUGGGAAGCACUCGGCAGCCACAGACAUCACGUCCUCCCUGUCAGAUGACCAGGUGCCUGAGGCCUUCCUGGUCAUGCUGCUGAUCCAGUUCAGCACCAUGGUCGUGGACCGUGCCCUCUACCUGCGUAAGACUGUGCUAGGCAAGCUGGCCUUCCAAGUGGUCCUGGUGCUUGCCAUACACCUCUGGAUGUUCUUCAUCCUGCCGGCCGUCACCGAGAGGAUGUUCAGCCAGAACUCUGUGGCCCAGCUCUGGUACUUCGUGAAGUGCAUCUACUUCGCCCUGUCCGCCUACCAGAUCCGCUGCGGCUAUCCCACCCGCAUCCUGGGCAACUUCCUCACCAAGAAGUACAACCACCUGAACCUCUUCCUUUUCCAGGGGUUCCGGCUGGUGCCGUUCCUGGUGGAGCUGAGGGCAGUCAUGGACUGGGUGUGGACAGACACCACCCUGUCCCUGUCCAACUGGAUGUGUGUGGAGGACAUCUACGCCAACAUCUUCAUCAUCAAGUGUAGCCGAGAGACAGAGAAGAAAUACCCACAGCCCAAGGGCCAGCGGAAGAAGAAGAUCGUCAAGUAUGGCAUGGGCGGCCUCAUCAUCGUCUUCCUCAUCGCCAUCAUCUGGUUCCCGCUGCUCUUCAUGUCCCUGGUACGCUCCGUGGUCGGCGUGGUCAACCAGCCCAUUGACGUCACCGUCACUCUCAAGCUGGGAGGCUAUGAGCCCCUGUUCACCAUGAGUGCCCAGCAGCCAUCCAUUGUGCCCUUCACACCUGAAGCCUAUGAGGAACUGUGCCAGCAGUUUGACCACCACGCGCUGGCCAUGCAGUUCAUCAGCCAGUACAGUCCCGAGGACAUUGUCACGGCUCAGAUCGAGGGCAGCUCCGGGGCCCUGUGGCGCAUCAGCCCCCCAAGCCGGGCCCAGAUGAAGCGAGAACUGUACAACGGCACUGCGGACAUCACCCUGCGCUUCACUUGGAACUUCCAGAGGGACCUGGCCAAGGGCGGAAGAGUGGAGUACACCAAUGAGAAGCACACUCUGGAGCUGACUCCCAACAGCACGGCGCGGCAGCAGCUGGCCCGCCUGCUGGAGGGCACUUCGGAGCAGUCCGUGGUCAUCCCCCACCUCUUCCCCAAGUACAUCCGUGCCCCCAAUGGGCCUGAAGCCAACCCCGUGAAGCAGCUGCAGCCCAAUGAGGAAGCUGACUACCUCGGCGUGCGCAUCCAGCUGCGGAGGGAGCAGGUUGGGGCAGGGACUGCUGGCUUCCUGGAGUGGUGGGUCAUUGAGCUGCAGGACUGCCGUGUGGACUGCAACCUGCUGCCCAUGGUGAUCUUCAGUGACAAGGUCAGCCCACCCAGCCUCGGCUUCCUGGCCGGCUACGGGAUCAUGGGGCUGUACGUGUCCAUCGUGCUGGUCAUUGGCAAGUUUGUGAGGGACUUCUUCAGCGACAUCUCCCACUCCAUCAUGUUUGAGGAGCUGCCGUACGUGGACCGCAUCCUCAAGCUGUGCCAGGACAUCUUCCUGGUGCGGGAGACUCGAGAGCUGGAGCUGGAGGAGGAGCUGUACGCCAAGCUCAUCUUCCUCUACCGCUCGCCAGAGACCAUGAUCAAGUGGACACGCGAGAAGGAGUAGGAGCCUGGCUCCUGGCACCCAGAAUGAAGGCACCGCCCAUGGGCAGCAGUGCCACCAGGGCUGGUGGUGCUCCUGGGCCAGGGGCACAGCUGCCCCGGUCAAGGCCACCAGCUGUGAUGUGUCUUCCCUGGCCCACCUGAGCCCUGAUGCUGCUGUCAGAAGGACGCUAUGUCCCCACCUGUUGCCCUUGUGGGCCCAAGCUGGCCACACCGAGCCUGGGGGCCUGGCCCUCCCUUCCCCAUACGUACUGUAGAGUUUUCUAAUUAAAAACCUUUUAUUUAUACACA